AUAAUAAAGGCCAACAGCACAUAGCCCUCUGUGGUCUUGGCAGUUGAGUUAGUGCCCGAAGUGCACAUGAUCGUCCGGGUUCUCGUCUAAUCUAUUGGUAGCCAACAAUUAUAGGCUAUUCACAAUUACAUAAGGUUCGUCGGUUUACUAAAAUGUUGUAGCCCUACUUAUUUGUUUAUUGGCGUGGCAUUUGAAUAAGCCCACGUACUAGUAAGACAGACCAAGGACGUUAGAAUACUGUAAGGAGAGGUACAGACAAGCGGACCUGGACUUGUCUAACCUGCGGCUUCGUUUUAACCACAGGGAGGGAAGUUCUCAGAAACCGAACUUAAAACUUUUUCCUUUGCUAACAGAUCAUUUGCAUAACUUCCGCUUCUCAACACAGGCACAGGUAGACCAGUCUACUCUGGUGUGGCAGUGGCAACAUCUCUACGCAAAACAGUUUAUUCCUUAUUAUUUUUCAUAUUAGCUUAACUGACUGUUCUCAUAUGUGUGACUCUAUUGGUGUAAAGAUGACCAGCUUGAAGGCGUUUCAGGAGACAUUUGAUAGAAUAUCUGUAGAACCAGUGGAGGACACUGAUACUAGCAGUUUUAUGCCAGAAAUGUCCCUAAAGUCCAACUAUCCAGUUCAGGUUACAGAACCUAAAGAUACUGUGACACUGCAGCUAAGUUCCAUGCCUCCUGGAUACCUUAUACCUCAUUCAGACAGAAUAAGACAGCCAGAGGAAGAUGGACUAGAUUGUAUCUGCACAGGGUCAAUUUCACCAGACUUCUCUAAAGAACCACAGUUCCUGAACCCCUGUGACAAGUGCUGUUACUCAGUCCCACCACCCAAGAUAAGUGACCUGAUGAACGACAAAGACUUGCUGGAUCUACUCCGUCUGAAACUGGACCCCAACCACUGCACUGUCAAGAACUGGAAGAACUUUGCCAGUCGCUGGGGUAUGAGCUAUGAUGAACUGACCAUGCUGGAGCACCGGACCCAGGGAUCUAUGUGCCACAGCCCUACACAGGAGUUUCUGCUACGCUACAACCAGAAGACAGUCACGGAACUCACCGACCUUUGCCGUCACUACCAGCGCAUUGAUGUGCUGCAGCUUCUUCAGCGCUGGAUGAAGAAUGACUGGCCUUCACGCUGGCAACAGGCUCAUUAAAGCUAUUUGCCCCUCCCCGCCUACUCCCUGCUUCCAGCAUAAAUUCAGAUUGUGUUGAAACCAAAUCAUCUUACAGCUAUGUUUCCUGUCAGAAUUGGAGUUGGUAAGAUCACAUCCAAGUCUGAGAACAGGCAGACUUUUUUUCUUUCAUUUUGCUCUUCACUUUAUUGAAUAGGAAAUAACAAAGGGACAUAGAUCUGUUGUGGUCAGAGAUUUGUAUAGCAAUCAGUGAUUAGCAGAAAUAGGGUAGGGUUGACUCCUGCGGAGUUUAUUGAAAAGGUAGGAAACUAUAGUAAGUGAAAUGUAUUGACAUUGUGCUCAUAUCUGUUCUCAUGGUCUCAAUCAACCGGUCUAAUUUUCUUUUUUUUUGUAGCAAUAUUAGGAAUAUAACUUGUGUUCCUGACAUGGCAAGCUGGGAAAAACAUCAUUUCCAGUGAUAUUUUGGGUUUGGUCAUGAGUUAAUUGUUUGCUUUAGGUGAUUUUCUAUUUUUCUCCAUUUAGUUUAUUAAAUCAGAGAUGAUGUAGUGUUGCA